AUGCAGGGGGACGAUGGAGCGCCCGCAGGGCGGCAUGCGCCGUUCUCGGGCCUCACAAGCAAAGCUCAGGAGACACAGGAGGAGGUUUUGGCGCGAUUCGAACAGCGGAGGGCGGAGCGCGAGGUCGUGGUCCCCACGCGCAACGAGGACGUCGUGGCGCUCCUCCGGAAGCUCGGGGAGCCGAUCACGCUCUUCGGCGAGCGCGAGCUCGAGCGGAGAACGCGUCUGCGCUCGCUGCUCGCGCGACUCGACGACACUGCACUCGACGAAGCCACCGGCCGCGCGCAGCGCGAGGGCGCGGUCCUGGGGCAGAAGGUCGACGUGCAGAAGGAGGUCUUCUUCACGAGGGCGCCCGGGCCGGUCAAGGAGGUCCGGACAUGGCUCGCGGACUGGUCGCUGGAGAGGGCGAUGCGGCGUGUGGAGGCGCAGCAAGCCCUGGGCGACGAGGGAUGGGCGGCGCUGGACGCGCGGCGCGAGGCGGUGGAGGCGCGGCUGCGCGACAUGUCGAACGAGCUGAGCGAGAUGGCCGACGACCGGCCGGUGUCGAGCUGUCAAUGCAGUAGCGGGGGUGCGCGGCUGGUGACGGGGAGCUGGAACGGGACGAUGCGGGUGUGGUCGAUGCCGGACAUGAAGCAGCAGCGCGCGAUCCACGCGCACGACGACCGGAUCACCGGCGUCGCUGUGCACCCGCAGGCGGACGACGGACAACAGGAGGGUGGCGUCCACUACCUGUCAGCCUCCGCCGACUCCACCGCCAAGCUCUGGGACGCCGAGGGGCGUCUGCUACACACCCUGAGCGGCCACACGGACCGCCUCGCGCGCUGCGCGUUCCACCCGAGCGGCCUCUGCGCCGCCACGGCCUCCUUCGACGCCACGUGGCGUCUCUGGGACACCCCCACGGGGACUCUCUUGUAUGAGCAGGAAGGCCACUCCGAGGCCGUAUACGACGUGGCGUUCCACCCCGACGGCUCCCUCGCGAUCUCCGUCGGCCUCGACGCCGGCUGCCGCGUCUGGGACCUCCGCACCGGCCGCAGCGUGCUCGCGCUGGAGGGGCACGUGCAGGGGGUGUUGUCCGCGUCGUUCGCGCCCAACGGGUACCAGGUCGCGACGGGGUCGUCGGACCACUCGGUGCGCGUGUGGGAUCUGCGGAAGAAGGCGUGCGAGGCGAACAUUCCGGCGCACACGUCGCUGGUGUCGGCGGUGCGCUUCGCGCCGGACGGGGACUUUUUGCUGACGGCGUCGUUCGACCGGACGGCGCGCGUGUGGUCCGCGCGGGACUUCACGCUGACCGGCGUGCUGCGCGCGCACGAGGCCAAGGUGAUGGCCGCGGAGGUGUGCGCCGGGCGGGACCCCGUGGUGGUGACGUGCAGCUACGACCGGCAAGUGAAGCUGUGGCGGUGCCCGCCGGAGGACAGCAACGGCGACGCGCACAUGGCGUGA